CUCCUCUUCUGCCUCGUGUUUUUGCUUUUCUUAAAUGUCACGAGCGAGUGGGAAUAAAACUCUCAUCUCAAUAGACGUUCCUCUUGCGGUGACGGUCACAUGCUUCAAGAUCACAAAAACUAUGAUGGCUGAUAUCCCUGAAAGAUCCCUGAAAAGAUUAAAUUUCACUUGAGGUUCUCAAGUCUGCCUGCCCAGGCUACUGAACCACAAACACACUGAAAGGCAUGGAGGAUUAUCAUCAACCCCAUUUUAAUCAGACUUGCAUGUAGAGACUCAAAUCAUGACCAGCAUGCUCCCAGAAGAAGAUUACAUCAAUUCAACAUUCUUUCCUGAAAACUGUCCCAACUGCUCUGCCAUACCUGAAUUGGAGAUCAACAUCACCAAGACUCUGGUUUUGGGUCUAGUUCUGGUGCUUUUUUUAAUAUUCGGAGUGAUGGGUAACAUCCUGGUUAUCCUCUCAGUGGCAUGCCAUCGCAACCUUCGAUCCGUGACUCAUUAUUUUAUCGGAAAUCUGGCAAUCGCAGACCUGCUUCUGAGCUCUGUGGUUCUUCCAUUCUCUGCUAUAUCUGAAGCCUUGGGUCGCUGGGUGUUUGGUCGUCAUUUAUGUAAUGCCUGGACCGCUCUUGAUGUGUUGUGCUGCACGGCAUCCAUCCUCAGCCUAUGCGUGAUCUCUGUGGAUCGAUGCAUGGCCGUCAGUUACCCAUUCCAAUACUCUUCCUUUGCUACGGGUCGAAGGGCAAUGGCGGCAGUGGCAGCUCUCUGGGCCCUUUCAGCUGCUAUCUCCGUCGGGCCGCUAUUUGGAUGGAGGGAACCAAUGCCAGAGGACGAGUCGGUGUGCAGAGUUAAUGAAGAUCCAGGAUACGCCAUCUUCUCUGCCGCAUGCUCCUUCUAUGUGCCGUUGGCAGUGAUUCUGGCAAUGUACUGUAGGGUGUAUGUGGUGGCCAGACACAAGACUCGUGCAAUAAGUAAGAGCAGGCAGACGAAUGGGUUAACUGAGCAGGGAGUGACUCUACGGAUCCACUGUGGAAAAUCCCAGAAUGACACCAGGAAGGAGGACGCAAUGCGCUUGAAGAGCUCACACUUUGCCUUUAUGCGUCUGCUAAAGUUCUCAAGGGAGAAGAAGGCGGCCAAGACUCUUGGGAUUGUGGUGGGAUGUUUCGUGCUUUGCUGGCUGCCCUUUUUUCUUGUGCUGCCUAUUAGCUCCAUCUUCCCAUCCCACAGACCCCCGGAUGCUGUUUUUAAAAUCACAUUCUGGCUUGGCUACUUCAACAGCUGCCUGAACCCCAUCAUCUACCCAUGCUUCAGCCAGGAGUUCAAGAAAGCCUUCCAGAACGUUCUGCAUGGACGCUGCCUGAGCCGAACACACCAGACUUGGAGCCCUCCGGCCCCUGCGACUCAAAAUAUGCCCAAAUCUCCACAGGGUUUAUCAUCUGGAUUUGAUCAUGCAUCACUGAGUGCUGUAAUGCUGAAUGAAAACUCAUAUGAUGGACCUGAAACAUCUCUGAGUCUCAAAGUUCACCAGCUUUCCUUAUGCGAGAUGGAUGGUGAGCCUGUGUGAAAUGAUUUUUGACUAGUUGUGAAUCUUAAAUCGUCGAAAUAUGAGAAAAAGCAAGGAUCUCGAUGGAUCUGGUGUACAGGAGCGCCACCUUGUGGGUAUCUUGAAUGCGGCUCUGCAGUUUUUUGAGGUUUCUCCUAAAUAUUUCUGUUUUAAGAUAUUUAAACUGAUUUUUUUACAAGAAUAAAUACAUUAAAUGGCCAAAUGUACUGUA